GAAAUCUGCAUACCAGAGGGUCUCCUUCCCCCCACCACGACCUCCGCCUUUGUUGUGUCCGCUCUAGGAUUCCCCGCACCCGUUGGUGGUCUUGGCGUUUUUUCUCUCUCUCUCUCCCCUCCUCCUCCUCCUCCUCUCUUCGGCUCUCUCCGACCUCCGCGGUCUGAGGCGGCGGCGGCGGCGGCGGUUUCUGAGGCGGCGGCGGAGCGGAGCAAUCGAGAACCAUCCGCCAAAAUGGUGAAUUUUACAGUAGACCAGAUCCGAGCGAUCAUGGACAAAAAGUCCAACAUCAGAAACAUGUCGGUGAUUGCCCAUGUUGAUCAUGGCAAGUCCACGCUUACAGAUUCCUUAGUGUGUAAAGCGGGUAUCAUCGCUUCUGCCAGGGCUGGUGAAACACGAUUUACUGACACACGGAAAGACGAGCAGGAAAGGUGUAUCACAAUCAAAUCUACGGCCAUUUCUCUCUACUAUGAGCUCUCAGAACACGAUUUGGCCUUUAUCAAGCAAUCCAAAGAUGGCUCCGGUUUCCUCAUUAAUUUAAUUGACUCCCCUGGGCACGUGGAUUUCUCCUCCGAAGUCACAGCAGCCCUUCGCGUCACUGAUGGAGCUCUUGUUGUCGUUGACUGUGUUUCAGGGGUUUGCGUGCAGACGGAGACCGUCCUUCGCCAGGCGAUUGCUGAGCGCAUCAAGCCCGUCCUGAUGAUGAACAAGAUGGACCGCGCUCUGCUGGAACUGCAGUUAGAACCCGAGGAGCUUUACCAGACCUUCCAGCGCAUUGUGGAGAACGUCAAUGUGAUCAUUUCUACUUACGGAGAGGGUGAAACUGGACCCAUGGGUAAUAUUAUGAUCGACCCCGUGAUCGGUACUGUUGGCUUUGGCUCUGGCUUGCACGGUUGGGCGUUCACCUUGAAGCAGUUUGCCGAAAUGUACGUGGCCAAAUUUGCAGCCAGAGGAGAAAAGGCCCAGCUCUCCGCACCUGACAGGGCCAAGAAAGUGGAGGACAUGAUGAAGAAGCUGUGGGGAGACAAGUAUUUUGACCCAGCAACAGGGAAAUUCAGCAAAUCCGCAGCUGGCCCUGAUGGGAAGAAGUUGCCACGGACUUUCUGCCAACUUAUCCUGGAUCCCAUUUUUAAGGUCUUCGAUGCCAUCAUGAACUUCAAGAAAGAAGAAACAUCCAAGCUGAUAGAAAAACUGGACAUCAAGCUAGACGCUGAAGAUCGAGAGAAAGAAGGAAAGCCGCUUCUCAAGGCUGUUAUGCGUCGCUGGUUACCUGCUGGAGAGGCUUUGCUUCAGAUGAUCACCAUUCAUCUACCUUCCCCCGUCACUGCUCAGAAGUACCGCUGUGAGCUUCUCUACGAGGGGCCACCUGACGAUGAAGCUGCCAUGGGUGUUAAGAACUGUGACCCAAAGGGCCCUCUGAUGAUGUACAUCUCAAAAAUGGUGCCCACAUCGGACAAAGGCCGCUUCUAUGCCUUCGGGAGGGUCUUUUCCGGCAUAGUUUCCACUGGCCAGAAGGUGCGGAUUAUGGGACCCAACUAUACCCCGGGAAAGAAGGAAGACCUCUACUUGAAGCCUAUUCAAAGAACCAUUUUGAUGAUGGGACGUUACGUUGAGCCCAUUGAGGAUGUCCCUUGUGGCAACAUUGUUGGCCUGGUUGGUGUCGACCAGUUUUUGGUGAAGACGGGCACCAUUACGACCUUCGAACACGCCCACAACAUGAGAGUGAUGAAAUUUAGUGUUAGCCCAGUUGUGCGUGUUGCGGUUGAAGCCAAAAACCCUGCCGACCUACCAAAGCUAGUGGAGGGCCUAAAGCGUCUUGCCAAGUCUGACCCUAUGGUGCAGUGCAUUAUUGAGGAAUCUGGGGAACACAUCAUUGCUGGAGCUGGAGAGCUGCACUUGGAAAUCUGUCUGAAAGAUCUGGAGGAAGACCAUGCCUGCAUUCCAAUUAAGAAAUCCGACCCAGUAGUAUCUUAUCGGGAGACGGUCUGUGAAGAAUCUAACCAGUUGUGCUUAUCCAAAUCGCCUAACAAGCAUAAUAGGCUUUAUAUGAAAGCCCGCCCUUUCCCUGACGGAUUGGCAGAAGAUAUAGACAAAGGAGACGUUAGUUCCCGCCAAGAGCUGAAGCAGCGAGCUCGCUAUCUGGCCGAGAAGUACGAGUGGGAUGUUUCCGAAGCGCGGAAGAUCUGGUGCUUUGGUCCCGAUGGGACGGGACCCAAUAUUUUGGUUGACAUCACCAAGGGAGUCCAGUAUCUCAAUGAAAUCAAAGACAGCGUCGUGGCUGGGUUCCAGUGGGCCACUAAGGAGGGCGUUUUGUGCGAAGAGAACAUGAGAGGGGUCCGUUUUGACAUUCAAGACGUGACUCUCCAUGCUGAUGCGAUCCAUCGUGGGGGAGGACAAAUCAUCCCGACUGCCAGGAGGGUCUUGUAUGCGUCUGCCUUGACUGCCCAGCCUCGUCUGAUGGAGCCCAUCUAUCUUGUUGAGAUUCAGUGUCCGGAACAGGUGGUUGGGGGCAUCUAUGGUGUGCUGAACCGGAAACGUGGCCAUGUUUUUGAGGAGUCUCAGGUAGCCGGGACCCCGAUGUUUGUGGUCAAAGCCUAUCUUCCAGUGAAUGAGUCUUUUGGUUUCACUGCUGACCUGAGAUCCAACACUGGGGGCCAGGCUUUCCCGCAGUGCGUCUUCGAUCACUGGCAGAUCUUACCCGGAGAUCCUUACGAUGCCAAUUCACGCCCUUUCCAAGUUGUGGCCGAAACGCGUAAACGCAAAGGCUUGAAGGAAGGCAUCCCACCCCUAGACAACUUCCUGGACAAAUUGUAACGGCUUCCUCACACGGGGCGAGGAGAGUCUUAACGACCACACCUGACUUAACUCCACAACGGAAUCGGGAUUGCUUCACCACAAGCGAAAAGGAAGACACGAGAAACCGGAACAACCCCGAAAUGAAGACACAAAACCAGCCUCUAGCAAUUAUGUCAUGUUCACAUAACGAGAAAUAAAAGUGUGUUGUUGAAUAGAA